GUGUUUGAUGACCAUGAGGAUGGCAUACUCAGAUAUGAUUUAGAUAGGCAAAGCCUUUCUAAUAUCGAGAUGCCGGAUUUGGAUUAUUAUAGCCGCCCGAGCAGCUUUAAGAUCUUGCGGACAGAUGAUGACAGUAUUGGCCUUGCAAUCUUGGAGUGCCAAAAAUUCCAAAUGUGGGAGAGGAAGCUUGGUUGUGAUUGUGUUGCUGGAUGGAUGCUGCAGAAGACCUUUCAAAUGAACAUGAUCCUUGGUUUGGGGCCUAUGGGAGGAGGGGAUAAUCUGAUGUUGGGGUAUGAUGAAGAUGAUCAUGAAAUUUAUGUAAGGACAGAUAUUGGUGUCUGCAUCAUCCAACUUGAGACAAUGCAGUUCAGGAAUCUUGGCGAAGAUAAUUUCACGACCACCGAAUAUUAUCCCUACAAAAGUUUCUAUACUGCAGUGAGUGACUUGUCAGCAUGCGAAAGAAGAGUUGGUGGCAUCCCCAGACCUCUAGCGAAGGAUGUCAGCAUCAUGUCUCCUGCUUCAAGGGGAGUAGGAGUGGCAGGAGACGUUGUUGCAGGUGCCUUGACUGGAACCGUAGCGGAAGGAGAUACGUUAGACAAGACACACAACAGAGUUCAAGGAAUCGAUACAGGUCUUAUGCCAAGCCGGGUACUGACACAAACUCGAAUUGAUGUAAUAUUCAAGAAAGAGAUGGAGACAAGAUCAAAACUCAGCAAAGCUUGGGCAAAAUGGUUUCGCAGCAAUGGUGUUCCAGAAAGUAAAGCAGACUGCCCACACUUCCGCAGCGCGAUGAAGUUAACACAGCAGCUAGGUACCCGAUUGCCUGUUCCUACAGGCGAUGAGCUAGGUGACAUAAAUCUGGACGCCGAGGAAGAACUUUCUUAAGUAGACGCGAAUGUUAACCACUUGUCCAUGGGCUGAUGACUCAUGCCUUUUUGUCCUAAGUGUGUAGGGUUAGUUAAGUACUGCCUCAUGAACUGUGCUUAGUUCUUCUGAGCCUUGGUUGUUUAUGAACUUCUAUCUGGUGAUGUUGAGUUGGUGAUGCACCAUUUUGCUAGUUUCGUCAAGUUUGGUGGAAGGAACAGCUUUAUUGUCAACCAAGUACAAGUAGGUAUUCGUAAUUUCGUUUUUAUUUGGAUCUUCUUGUGGGUGAUGAAGCUAUUGGUUAUUGCGCUUGUCUGGUCACUUGAUUGUUGAAUGUCACUGGGCGCUGGCGGUAUGUGAAUUAUCAUGUGAAAUAUUUGUUG